UUGUGCGCAUGCUCAGAUCAUGAAUAGACUUCAUAGUGAGCAUGCGCAGAAUGUGUGGUUUGCAUGUGCUGUGAAAAAAAUGGCUGUCUCAAAAGCUCUCCUCUCUCUCUGGCUUGUUUUGCUGUCCUUAUCUUUUUUAGAUGCUGCUAGUAGUAAGAAAAAGACGUUGGUUUUAUUGGAAAAUCUUUCCAUCAAAGAUACUCAUUCUGUCUUCUUUGGAGAUCUAAAAGCAAGAGGAUAUCAACUCACCUUCAAGAUGGCCGAUGACUCCAACCUGGCAUUAUCAAAAUACGGAGAGUAUCUCUACAACAAUGUUAUAAUUUUCGCUCCAUCUGUUGAGGAAUUUGGAGGCACGAUUGAUCUGAAUGCGAUUACGGAUUUUGUUGAUAAUGGCGAUGGUAAUGUUAUGAUUGCAGCCAGUUCUGAAGUUGGGGACAUACUUCGAGAUCUCGGUAUGGAAUUUGGCCUGGAACUUGAUGAAAGGGGCACCUCUGUGAUUGACCAUCUCAACUAUGAUGUAAAGGAUGAAGGAGAACACACUUUAAUUGCCGUAGAUAAUGCUAACUUGAUCGAUGCUCCAUUGAUCGUUGGUAAAAAAUCAUCCACCCCAUGUCUAUAUCGUGGCUUAGGAAUGGUGGCAGACCCAGACAACCCUCUCGUGCUCAAUGUCAUGACUGGAUCGACAACAUCUUAUUCGUAUUUCCCUGAUGAGCAGAUAGAAGAGUACCCACAUGCUGUAGGAAAGAGUACACUCUUGAUUGCUGGACUUCAGGCUCGCAAUAAUGCUCGUGUGGUUUUCUCUGGCUCAAUUGAUUUCUUCAGCAACAAACUGUUUGCGGUGUCUGUCCAAAAAGCAACCCAGGGCUCGAAAGAAUUUGUCAAAAGUAAUAAUCGUCAGUUGGCAGCAGCCAUCACUCAGUGGGUGUUCCGGGAGAAAGGUGUUUUGCGUGUUGGAAAAGUUAAGCACCAUCUUGUUGGUGAAUCGAAGCCACCUGCUGCGUACACAGUUGAGGAUCAAGUUCACUACGAGAUUGAAAUUGAAGAACUUCGAGACGGAGAAUGGAUGCCUUUCAAGGGAGAUGAUGUCCAGAUGGAAUUCUUUCGAAUCGAUCCAUUUGUGCGUACAUACCUGAAGCGUACUUCCAAUGGGAAACUGUUCUUUGUGGAUUUUAAACUGCCUGAUGUGUAUGGUGUGUUUCAGUUCAAGGUGGAAUACAAUAGGAUUGGCUACACUCAUCUUUUCAGCACAACUCAAAUGUCUGUACGACCAUUUGAACAUACUCAGUACGAGCGAUUCAUUCCGUCCGCAUUUCCCUACUAUGCAAGUGCCUUCUCCAUGAUGAUAGGGCUCUUCGUAUUCUCUCUUGUCUUCCUUCACUAUAAGGACAAUGCAAAGACCAAGAAAGACUGAUGAUUGUGUAUAGCCCUGUGGGCACUGAUAGAUGUGCAUUGUUAAAAAUGUGUUGAUGGCUGAGUGAUAUAAAUUUUAUUGGGCAAUUUUUGUUGUUCUAACAAUAAUUUUACAUUCACUUUUGUUCUAAAUA